CUGAGUUCCUGGGCUGGCUGGAAAUUUACUGUUCUGCCUACACUGGGCCACCUCCACAUUGUAAAAAGGAGUGCCUUGUGGCCACCGCUUGUAUGGCACAACCUCCAGUACAGUUUUGUGUGUCCUAAAAAGGAGUUCAGAUACUUCCUGGCAGAUAGAACCAAAAGACUGCUGUUCUGAGGGCUGUGUGUGCCAGGCUAUGCCACAGGGGUUCCUGUAGAAAUAACAACCUAUGCCUGAGGACCAGGGCACAGUACCAGCCAUUCCACUGCUUACACUUGUGCAAAGUGAUAAAAGGGAAUUCAUCUGCAGCUGUGGCCCACCCAGAUAAAACCUUUAGGCGGGAAGUUAAGUGACAAGUGAACAUAUGUGUGUGUAUGUGUUUUUAACUGUUAGUUGUUUUCGAUAUUUUUAACAAGCUUUUAGGCUGCUUGUGGAAGCCAAACCAAAUACCAGGAAGGUAUUGCAGCAAGAUGGACAUGGGAGAGGAUCAGUCUCAUUUGCAACGCCAUCAGACACCUCAUCGUCAUCAAGGAGAGACCUUUGCUCCAGUAUUCAUUGGAACUUGGAAUUUGCGAGACCGAGAACAACUCAGAAAAAGAAAAGCUGAAGCACAAGAAAAGCAAACUUCACAAUGGGCAUAUGGAGAACAGAAAAAAUGCAAGAGGCAGAACACAAGAAAAAGAAAUCAGAGAGGCCGGAAGAGGCAACAAAAUGCAGAACCAAAGAUAAAGCCUCAGUCACAAAUAGCAGAGGAAAUGAUGGAGAUAGCACUGGUACCUACAGAGAAAGAAAAUGAGCCACCUGGAGGAGCAGCUGAAGCCUCUGCUUUGGUAAUUUCCUCCCAAAACACUGUGCCUGAGGAACACUCUUCUAAACUGUCUCAGGAAAGCAUUAUACACCAGGAAGAUUCUUCUGAGUACCAAGAAACAGUGGCACAAAACCAUUGCCAAUAUAUGGCCGAACCUGAAGACCUUGCUCCUGAAGUGUGCCAAGAGAUAUCUGCACUUCAAGACUAUUCUUCCAAAGUAUGUGAAGACGUGGCUCAGCCUGGAGUCCUUGUUCCUAAAACAUGCCAAGAAAUAGCUGUGAUUCAAGCUCAUCCUUUCAAAAUAUGGCAAGAUACAGUUCAGUCUGAAGUCCUUGUUCCCAAAAUGUGUCAAGAAACAGCGGUUCCUAAAGCUCCUUAUUCUACAACCUAUGAAGCUGUCACUGACCAGGAAAGAUGCACCCCUGAAGCAUCCCUCCCACUCAGUGUGCCUAAAGAGGACGUAGACCCAGACCCGGCUGGACCAGAGAAACCCACUUUGGAACAAGAUCAAGCUGAGCCAGGAGGCUUCUUUCUCCAAACACAAGAAAUAGCUCUGCCUAAAGACCUUUCUUCAAAAACAUAUCAAGAAACAAUUGAGCCCAAAUACUUUUCUCAUGAAACAUAUGAAGAAAUGAGUGUGCCUCACAAUCCCGCUCAUAAAAAAACCCAAGAAACACCCCAGCCUGAAGAAUAUUCACCUGAAAUAAACCAAGAAACACCUGAGCCUGAAGACUAUUCCCUAGAAACCUACCAAGGAACACAGGGGCCUGAAGACCUCUCGACUAAGACAUACAACAAUGAGAAUGUACCUGAAGAACACCUUCCAGAAGCAUACCAAGAAACAGGCAAACCCCAAGACCAGGAUCUGAAAGCACAUGGAGAAGAUGCUAAGGAUGUUUGUACUCUUCCUCAAGAAAUGAACGAAAAACCCCAAGUAGAAGAACCAGAAGUACCAGCAAUUCCACAUGCUCCUCAAGAGACUGGUCCAGAAAAUGAUGUGUAUAACUAUGUUUUGUUUUAACAAUGUUCAACCACAAAGUUGUAAUCCAGUGGAAUAUACAUCUUAACAUUU